CAGAUCGUCCGCGGGCCCCGAGCAGCCGCCGCCCCGACCGCGCGCCGGCCCUGCCCGUAGCGGCGCGAUGAAUGAUUUUGGAAUCAAGAAUAUGGACCAGGUAGCCCCUGUGGCUAACAGUUACAGAGGGACACUCAAGCGUCAACCAGCCUUUGACACCUUCGAUGGGUCCCUUUUUGCUGUUUUCCCCUCACUAAAUGAAGAGCAAACACUGCAAGAGGUACCAACAGGCUUGGAUUCAAUUUCUCAUGAUUCAACCAACUGUGAAUUGCCUUUGUUAACUCCAUGCAGCAAGGCUGUGAUGAGUCAAGCCCUAAAAGCUACCUUCAGUGGCUUCAAAAAGGAGCAGCGGCGCCUCGGCAUUCCAAAGAAUCCCUGGCUAUGGAAUGAGCAGCAAGUGUGCCAGUGGCUUCUCUGGGCUACCAAUGAGUUCAGUCUGGUAAAUGUCAAUCUCCAAAGGUUUGGCAUGAAUGGCCAGGUGUUGUGUAACCUUGGCAAGGAGCGCUUUCUGGAGCUGGCACCUGACUUUGUGGGCGACAUUCUCUGGGAACAUCUGGAGCAGAUGAUCAAAGAAAACCAAGAAAAAACAGAAGAUCAAUAUGAAGAAAAUUCACAUCUCAACUCAGUUCCUCAUUGGAUUAACAGUAACACAUUAGGUUUUAGUGUGGAGCAGGCACCUUAUGGAAUGCAGUCACAGAAUUACCCCAAGGGCAGCCUCCUGGAAGGCAUAUGUCCACCUUCAGCGUCCAGCGUGCUCAGCUCUGAGCAAGAGUUUCAGAUGUUCCCCAAGUCUCGUCUCAGCACUGUCAGCAUCAACUACUGUGCCAUCAGCCAGGACUUCCCAGGCAGCAACUUGAAUUUGCUCACCAACAACUCUGGGAAGCCCAAAGACCAUGACUCCCCAGAGAACGGCGGGGACAGUUUCGAAAGUUCAGACUCCCUGCUCCAGUCCUGGAAUAGCCAGUCAUCCUUGCUGGAUGUGCAGCGGGUGCCUUCCUUCGAGAGUUUCGAAGACGACUGCAGCCAAUCUCUCUGCCUCAGUAAGCCGACCAUGUCUUUCAAGGAUUACAUCCAAGAAAGGAGUGACCCAGUGGAGCAAGGCAAACCAGUUAUACCUGCAGCUGUGCUGGCUGGCUUCACAGGAAGUGGACCUAUUCAGCUGUGGCAGUUUCUUCUGGAAUUGCUGUCAGACAAAUCUUGUCAGUCGUUCAUCAGCUGGACUGGGGAUGGAUGGGAGUUUAAGCUUGCCGACCCUGAUGAGGUGGCCCGCCGCUGGGGAAAGAGGAAAAAUAAGCCUAAGAUGAACUACGAAAAGCUAAGCCGGGGCUUGCGCUACUAUUAUGACAAGAACAUCAUCCAUAAGACGUCGGGGAAGCGCUAUGUGUACCGCUUCGUGUGUGACCUUCAGAACUUGCUGGGGUUCACUCCCGAGGAACUGCAUGCCAUCCUGGGUGUCCAGCCUGACACAGAGGACUGAGGUCCCUGGGACAGCCCUGCACCAGCCCCAUGCCUGUGGACUGCAAAUGGGAAGCCCAUCCUGACCCAGGACUGGUGGGAUUGAAUACGUCCAGGAAAGUCACCCAGAAGUAGUGGCCUUCUUGCAUCCCAAACUGUGCCUCUUGACAAGGCUGUCCCCCUCGUGUCAGAGAUGGCAACAGCUUCUCGGUUCUAAAGUCCAUUGGUGGGCAGACACUACCUACCAUGCUGUUAAGUGAGCAUGGUCGAGAAGGAGGCGCCCAGAAGCCACGCAAGCAGGCCAUGGGACAGGAUGGUUCUGGCUGUUUGAGAUUCUCAAAGGAGCGAGCAUGUCGUGGACACACACAAACUAUUUCUCAGUUUUCUUUUGCCUUUUGAGACCAGAAGCAACAAAUGCAAAAGCGACUCUUUGGUAGGAGGGUGGGAAGGAAGCAACCAUGCCAUUUCAGAAGCUAGUUUGUAUAUAUUAUUAUAAUCUUAUGAUUAUUGUCAAAAUCCCCUAACAGUCCUAUUUAACAGAAAUUGUAUAUUGUAAUUUAAAAUAAUUAUAUAACUAUUUGAAAUAAGAAUGUAAGCAUCUGAUGUUUUAUUCCAUUUUACAAAAGCACAUGUGGCAUUUUACAAAGAUUUAAUCAGCCAAGGGCUGACUAAGAGAAGUUGUAAAAUGUAUAUUAUUUACAGUUAACAUACCUACAGGAGUGAGGUCUAAGGGGACAAUCCCAGCUUUUUGUGUUUUGGGGUUUUUUGUUUAUUUGGUUUUCUGUUUGAGUGUGUGUGUGUUUUCCCUUGGUUAUCUGGCAAGGACUUUGUACAUUUGGGAAUUUUUAUGAAAAACUUAAUGUUAUUAUCUGGGGUAUAUCUGGCUCUUCUGCUUUCUCUUUUAAUUGUAAAGUAAAAGCUAUAAAGCAGUAUUUUUCUUGACAAAUGGCAUAUGUUUUCCACUUCUGUGCAUGCCUUCAAGUCAGUUUAUACACAAGAUGUAUUUUAUUUUUUAGUUGAACUGUGUUUCUCCAACAACUCAACUCUCCCUGACCAACCAACCAUUUCCUUCCUGUGCCCCAAGUUCUUCUGUAUGAUUAAAAUAAGAAUACUAUUUUUGGAAAUAUGCGACUCCUUUUCAGAGAUCAGGAGGGAUUUAUGUAGCAGCUAUUUUUACUGCAAAAGUAAUUCACUGGAAAAAAAAACCUAAUUUGUAAGAAAGCUUUAUUUUUAUCUGAGCUCCGUGUAAAGUUAAACAUAUUGUACAGAGCUUCAAGGCGGGCAUUGGGGUGGGGGGCGGGUGUCUUUAUUAAACCUCUUGAAUGAAGCAUGGUUUGUCCCACCUUUGUUCACCUGUCAUGUCUUAGACUAUCUGGAUAGCAUGCCGCCCCUUUGUGCUCAAUUCCCACCGCGAGAUAGUUUUCUUCUUAUUUUCUUGGAUACAGAAUAUCCCGAAGUGCAGAGAGGGUACACAAGAUGGGGAGGAGUAUGCAUUCGGAUCAUUCAUUUGGAGCAAAUGUUUUGAACGAGAUGCAGACUUUUGUCUUCAUUUCCAAAGAGCACUUGAGACCUGCGUAUUCCUGGCCUUUAGAAAUGAUCCGAUUCAGUUGGUUUGAAGUCGGACUGGCCUUGCUGCUUACUAACCGUGUGGCCUUGGAGCAGUGAUUGACAUCUGCAGAGAAUCACAAGAUGAGCCCCUGGAGUUGGUGGCAGGCAAGCUGGGAAGAGCGAAGUCAGAGCUGGGACGACUCAGCCUAAAUAACCCACUGAAGGCAGUUCCCAGUAUACUUAAGCACAGGAUGUUUUUCUCAAGCAGGACCUGUUUAUCACUUGGACAUCUGUUUGUGAUAUAAACAGACGUGAUUGGGAACAUCUUGCUGCCGAGAGAAGUCAGAGCCAUUGGCUCAUUGUAUGUGAAAUUGCCCGUGUGAAAUGAGUUUUUAUCUACAAAGGUGGCAACUUCAUGUGGUUCAACCUAAUAGCUAUGGAAACUGAAGCCCUUAUAAACCUUUGGCAUGGUAGUGAACAGACUAAGUAUAAACGUUUUGUAAUCUGCCUAUUCUUUCUCAAAUAAUAAAGUAUUUUGUUUAUAUAAA